AACAAUUAUUCUCCUCUAUAUAUAGAGCUUGAUGAGCCUACGAAAUUCGCAAUACACAGAAAGAGAAAGUCAGCUAAUUAGGUUCACUGCAGAGUCAUGAAGAGCAAGAUUAAAGUUCUGUUUGAAUCUCUCAUUUCAUGUGGAAAACCUGCUAAAGGAGAUGACAAAGACCAAGGAUCCAUAGUAACAGAUGACUCAAAACAUGCACAACAAGAACAAGAACAUCAAAAAGUGACAAAAGAUGAACAAAAACAUGCACAAGGCCAUGGACUAAUAGUGAAACAUGAACCAAAUAUUGCACAAGGACAAGUGAAAGAUGAAACAAAAAAAGCAAAAGAACAAGUGCAAGGGGCUUUUGUAUAUAAAGCACGUAUAACAACAUAUCAAAAAAUAACAAUAUCUUCACUACAAGCAAGAUCUCCAUCCAGACGAAGACCUCGUUCUCCUCCAACUGGCUGAACUAAUACAAUCCUUGGAUAUUAUAUUAGCACUUUUUUUACUUUGGAAAAACCAAUGUGUGGUUUUUUCCAAAUUUUUAGUUUUAGUCCUGAUCUUUUUAUAAUAUUUGGAUUUCUUUCCUCUCUUUGGGAAGGAAGGGCAGAACAUUUACCAUAUAAUUGGCUUUUUACUUUUCCUAAAAGGAAGGCUAUGUCUUUUUUUCGAAGGAAAACAUGUUUUGGAUUUCUAUAAUUCAGAAUCCUUCCUUA